AUGCUGUGUGUCUUUCGCUGUGCGGGACGACCAUUCCGCCUGUCGCCAUCCGUUGGUGCCGGGGUCAGAUAUAUCAGCUCUGAAUCGUCUUCCUCCUCCCAGUCACCGCCCAAAACCGCUUCAUUUGGUUUUCGAACGGUCCCUGAGGAAAGUAAAGAGUCACUCGUCAAAGAGGUUUUUGACUCUGUUGCCUCCUCAUACGACCUCAUGAAUGAUGCGAGUUCUCUUGGUGUUCAUCGCCUCUGGAAAGAUGACUUCGUGUCGAGACUCAGACCUGGAAGAAAGGGCCCUUUGAAAUGCAUUGACGUUGCUGGAGGAACGGGCGACAUUGCGCUCCGAAUUCUCGACUACGCCAGAGAGAAGCAUUAUGACAGGGAAACAACGGUGGAGGUCGUGGACAUCAACGGGGAGAUGCUGAAGGAAGGCUUCAAGCGGUUCAAGCAGACAAUGUACCAUAACACCCCACAGGUAUCAUUUCAUGAAGCCAACGCGCAGGAGCUCCCUCCCUCUCAGUUUCCCGACAAUAAUUAUGACCUUUACACUAUCGCAUUUGGUAUUCGAAACUGCACGUCGAUUCCAGCCGUUCUCCAGGAGGCCCACCGCAUAUUGAAGCCAGGCGGCACAUUUGCAUGUCUCGAGUUCAGCAAAGUCAAUAAUCCUGUCCUUAGCAUGUUGUACGAACAAUACUCGUUCUCCAUCAUCCCUCUUUUGGGGACUAUCCUUGCCGGAGACCGCAAUUCAUACCAGUAUCUCGUGGAGUCCAUUCGACGAUUUCCUCCGCAGCCUGAGUUCGCAGACAUGAUUAGAGAGGCUGGGUUCAAGACCGGUGAAAAUAUAGAUGGAGGUGCAUGGACAGAUUUGUGGGGUGGUAUUGCUUGUAUACAUACCGGAGUCAAAAUUUAA